AUGCUCUCUACCGUCAUUGUCUGGGGCUACUACAAUGAGUGCCUGCCCCUCGACAUACUGUCUCGCACCGAUCACUACGCACUGCAGGCACUCAAAAAGCUGGGUCGCCCCUUCGUCGAGGCCGAUCUUCAUUUCAAGCCUACGCCAAAGCAGAAAGAGAGGACUCAGAUCAUCGUUGGAUUUGCCACAGUCUUAAGCGACCAACAACUUAUUACCGGUGUUGCGAUCCUAAUCGCGGGACUCGCUAGUCGGUGCCGCAUCACCUUCUACGAGUUCAAAAUCGUUACUUUCUUAGCGUAUUUUGCGACCUUCACCCAUGCGCUCUCUCUAGGAGUGCUGCAGAGUCAUCUGUUCAAACGCAAGCUCGUUCGAGACUGCCGAGUCGUAUUUACCAUUGGCUUUCUGGUGAUGUUCGCCUUCUCCUUCAUCAUCAAUACAGUAUCAAGUAAGUUUGACGAAGUUAAUCACAAGACUACCUUAAACGUUGGAAACGUGCUCCAAUGUCUCUUCGAAGCGUCGCAAUUCGGCAAGUCGAUCCAAUUCGAUUUGGUCGAUUCAACUGCCGUCCUCGGACUUGUCCUUAUCAAACAUACACUAGCUAUCGCAAACUUGUAUUUCGAACCGAAAAGAAGCGCGCUAGGUGUGUGGGUUCUUUCCUUUUACUCGGAAUGUCUCCGUCUCAAAGGUCUCUCGAAAGAAGACGCGAGUGCCACUGUCAACAAUGGCAAUGUCAAAUAUUACGCCAAGCUCGAUCCACCGGUUGCAACUGCAGAACAAACAAAGAUGUCAAUAUGGUUCUUCUUCGACAGGUAUUACGAGUCAUACUUAUCGAACCUUCCAGAGAUUGUACUGGGCAUGACAUAUGGUACUGGCAGUGUUGUGCUCGCUGUAUGGUAUGGGGGAUUAAAGCCAGCGAAUAGCCUUCACAUCCUGGGUUUCGGGCAGGUCGUAGCCAUAGUACUGCUGGCGCUAACGCUUCUAGCUGCUGUUGAAGUCAUCGAUGGUAAGUCUAUUUGA